CCCUCUUGAGUCGGAGAGGACAGCUGUGCGCACUUCAUACCGUUUUCAAACUUCGUGGUUCGCCAUUAUUUUAAGUAUUUUAGAUUUAAGCAUAAUGAAUCAACGCCGCAGCAAAACAAUAUUAAGAGCUGCGUUAACGAAGAUUAAAAAGAAAAUCGACUUUUCAAUUAAGGACGAUGAAGUACUAGAAUUGGAUAAUGUUGACGACGACGUAAUAACAAGUCCUAAUACAGGACAAACAUACUCGACGCUGAAAAACGUUGUCAGUGAUACAUCGGACUCGGAAGCUAUACUUUCAGAGAACGGAUUCAAAAGACCACCAGUCUUAGAACCUAGUAUGGCCUUGGAAAACGAACCCAGAGAACCAGAAAACAUGGAGUUUGAAUCUAAAAUUGGAUUUAAAGAACCAAAUACUAAUACAUUAGAAGCACAGCCAUUUGUAGAGAUCGAUGUUGAAUCUGAAUCAUUGAGAGAACCGCAACCAAGUACAUCUGGAACACAGAUAACUUUCAUACAGUCACACAAGAAAGUCAAACUUAAAACAAAAGCAAAAAAAAGUUAUAUUGAUUUUAUGUCAGAAGACGAAGAAGCCGAUUUCGAAUGGUCUUCUUCUUCUUGGGAUGGUUCCGAAACGUCUGAUAGUGAUAGCAAAGAUGAUGAACCUUCACGAAAAAAAAUAAAAGCAUGCAACUCACUCGAAGAAGGAAAAAUAGGUAAAGAAGGAUUAAAAAAAAAGAAAAAGGUAAAUAAGCGAAAGGAAAGGAAAACUUUACGUAGUCAAGGAAAACAAUAUUCCACUAAAUCUGGUACUGUCGUUAGAGCUAGAGAACUCCAAUCUAAUCCUUGUUUAAAUAAAAAGUGUGGAAGGUCUUGCCAUGAGAUAACUGAGGAACGAAGGCAAAUACAUUCAGUGUUACAGUCCUGUGAAUUUAUUGAAACUAUUCAAAUGAACUUUUUGCUUCCCGGACAUACGACAAUGCCAGUUGAUAGUGUUCAUGCUGUCAUUGAGAGAAGUAUUGAUAAUAUGAUUAUCUAUGCUCCUUCUCAAUGGCCAACUGUAUUUGAGUUGGCUAGAAAAAAUCCUAAACCCUACAACGUAGAGGUAUUAACCUACAAAGACUUCAAGGCAUGGGAUUCUAUUGCAGAUAAAUAUUUUAAAAAUAAUUUGAUUGGCAAGAUAAGCAAAAUUAGAAUUAUUACUUUUAGAAAGACUGACCCUAGCUUUGUUUAUCUUAAAUAUAGCAUGAGUGAAACCACAGAAUCUGAAAAGGUUGAAGUGUUAGGUAAAAAUAAAUCAUUUCCUGAUAAUUCAUUUAAAAGUAGACUACCUAUUGCUAAUGAAAAGCAUAGCGAUUUAGUUAAACUAUGUAGAACAUUUGCCAUUCCUCAAAGAUAUCAUAGUGAGUAUUUGAAUCUUCGUACCUCCGCCAAUAAGGCAGAUGUUCUACCAGACUCAGAUUUUGAAGACAUUCCUAAUGUUGAGGUUGAUGAUAACUGA